CCAGCGCCGCCACUCCCGGAGCGGCGGCUGCUCGGAGGCGCGGCUCCGGCGGAGGACGCGGCGAGGGGAGCCCGCAGCUCAGAGACCCCGGCCCCGUCUGCCUGCUGGGACUUCGGCCGCCCAGGUCAUCGGAGAUAAGGUUUGAUGCAGUCCAAAAGGCAGCUGUGUGGGGCUCUCCGUUGUGUGUGGCUGUUGUUUAUGCCUUUGUGAAGAUACUGAGAAAUAACUGGAAAAUUAACUUUGUCAUGCAUAUGAAUUGAAAUGCAGCAAGUUUGCGUGCUGGUUUAAAAGUGAAUUACGUCUUAGGAAAUAAAGAAAUGGAUGGGAUGGAUGAAACAUCUAAAAGAAUCCUAGAGCCAUACCAGUAUUUGCUUCAACUACCAGGUAAGCAAGUGAGAACCAAACUGUCACAGGCCUUUAAUCACUGGCUGAAUGUUCCGGAAGAUAAAAUACAGGUUAUCAUUGAAGUGACAGAGAUGUUGCACAAUGCAAGCCUACUUGUGGAUGAUAUUGAAGAUAACUCAAAGCUACGACGGGGCUUUCCAGUGGCACACAGUAUCUAUGGAAUUCCAUCUGUAAUCAACUGUGCUAAUUAUGUUUAUUUUCUUGGCUUAGAGAAGGUUUUAACCCUUGAUCAUCCAGAUGCUGUUAAAGUUUUUACCCGUCAACUUCUGGAACUCCAUAAAGGUCAAGGCUUGGAUAUUUACUGGAGGGAUACUUACACCUGUCCUACAGAAGCUGAGUAUAAAGCAAUGGUACUGCAAAAGACAGGUGGUCUCUUUGGAUUGGCUGUAGGCCUCAUGCAGCUGUUCUCAAACUAUAAAAAAGACUUAAAGCCCCUUCUUAACACCCUUGGUCUCUUCUUCCAAAUAAGAGAUGACUAUGCCAACUUGCACUCCAAAGAAUAUAGUGAGAACAAGAGUUUUUGUGAAGACUUAACUGAGGGCAAGUUCUCAUUCCCAACCAUUCAUGCAAUUUGGUCAAGACCUGAAAGUACUCAGGUGCAAAACAUUUUACGCCAAAGGACGGAGAACAUAGAUAUAAAAAAAUACUGUGUACAUUACCUUGAAAAUGUCGGUUCCUUUGAGUACACUCGGAAUACAUUGAAAGAGCUUGAAUCUGAAGCCUAUAAACAAAUUGAAUCGCUUGGGGGAAACCCUGAGCUUGUAGCACUAGUUCAGCAGCUGAGCAAAAUGUUCAAAGAAACUGAAAGUUAAAAAAUUAACUUCUGGGUGUGGAUCAAAACUUUUGAAAAUGGGAAAAUAACCAGAUGGAGAAGUGUGAUAAUCAGUUUGAUGUAAAACUUUCUCUUGUAGCCAUGUUACGGAAGUUACUGUUAAAAAUAACUUGUCAUUGAGUUUUGAAAUAUAUACCCUAUAAUCUCUAAAGUCUUAACUGUAAUUGCUUACAGUUGGUUUUGUUAAAACAGAUCCGUAAAGCAGAACCAUAACUAAAACUAGUUUUGAAUGUAAAUAUAAUAGUCUUUACACAAUCACAGGCAUUAUUUCAUGCCUAAAACUCUUGUGCCCCUAACCAGGCUCAAAUAGUAUUCUGGUUGAAAUUCUGUGUUAAAUCAGGUUGACAUGUAUGUAUUGUCAUUUUAAACAAUGCUCUUGUAAACCAAAAUCUCUGAUAAAAAACAAAGGAAGGUACUUGCAACCACAAUGCACAUAAAAUUGUUGUGUGAUAUUUCUAAGUGUGAUUUGGGAGUGGAGGUGGAUCAGUUUACUAUGUCCUAGGGUGAAUGUCCUAUCCAGCUUCUGUGGAUAUUUUCAGGGGAAUGUAAAUUAUGAAAGAUAUUAUUUCAUAUGCAAAUAAGACAUGCUCAGUCUGAAAUUGUGACUUCAUAAAGAUUCUGAAGUACCUUGUAGGAAAGACUUCAUCACAUCAGCAAAGUGUAAAUUUGCUGCUGAUUCCAGCUCUGCAGUGAGUAAUUUUGGUCACCUGGUUUUAGAUUUUGAAAUUGUCAAACAUUCUGUAGCCAAAAACUUAAAUCUAUGCAUUAGAGUUCAUAUAUGUACCUGUAAAUAGCAACAUAAUGAGCUGCUAUUAGAAAUGGAACACCAUAAUUGGUGCAGGUCUCUUUAAUCUCUGCUUGUAAUUGAGGGGCUUCUCCAAGACUUUAUUCAUAAUUAAUAUUUCAUUACUGUACUGAAUUGCUGUCUGGAGGCAUGUUCUAUAUCUCUCCAAAGAGACAAGAGCUGUCAUUUUUUUGUUAAAAUGAAGAACAGUAUCUUGUUUCACAAGUUACAAUAACACUUCAGUUUUGCUAAUUGCUUAAAUAGAGCUUUAAAAUUAUAGACAUACCAAAAUAAAACUGGGACUGAGAGUAAGAUUUAGGGGUGGGGCUGAUAAGUAACAAAGUUCUCUGCUCAUAUAUAUGUAUAAAUAUAUAUACAUAUAUAUAAAUAUGUAGAAAAAUGUUAAUAAAAUGUUAGCAGAGAUGUUUAGUUUUUUUCUUGCCUGGGCUAGCUUUAAUCAAGUUCUGUUCCCUUGGUAUUCACAGGUAUAUUAGGUUAUGCUUUGGGGUAGCAAGGUAAUGGUUUGGAUCAAAGGUAAGACUGGUGCUAUAAGCUGUGGUGUUAGCUCAAGCAUACUCUGAAAUGGAUAUAGAGGUAGUUGGCUUCUGAUGUCUAAAGGAUAGUUUUAUGCAGGUGUUCAUUUACUGUACCUGAAAAACAGGGAUAGCUGUGAUCUCAGCCCACUGAGAAAACUAACUGGAGAAGGUUGCUGUAAUGUCUUCCCUGGCAGCCUUAAUAUCUUUCUGAAAGUGAUCAAACAUGACAAAAUUGAGGAUGACUGCUUUCAGUCUGAAAUACUAUGUAGUUAAGGAUGUUAGCCUAUCCCUUUUAUCUUCAUGCUGAGGAGAAAUCUUUGUCUGAUUAGACACAGAAUAAUAGGCUUUUCACUGAAUGGACCUGGUUGCCAGGACUGAUAGCUUAAAGUUGGUGAAAGGCAUCUUUAAUGUUAAUGAAAGAGAAUUGUAAUUCCAUUUUCAUAACUUGCAGUGCUUAGUAAGCCUGUAAAUUUUUAAUGUGUUGUGUGAAAAUUCUAUCUGCAGCAAAUUACAUUUAUUUUGUGCCAUGUCUUGGGAGUUUCUAAGCACUGUUGCAGUUAAUGUCAAAUAGGGGAAAGCACUGAAAAGAUUAUUGUUGUCAGGAGAAUCUCCUAGUCUUACUGUGAAAUGUAUCCUUGUGCUUGUUAGGAUAUUGUAACUGCAACACAAUGCAAAGUGCACUUAGUGCCAUUUCAUUUCUGUUCUGUUGCUGGACGCAAACAGUUCUGUGUAAUCAAACUUUCAUAAUGAAGUGGCUUUUCUUACUCUUUGUA